ACUCCCGCCGCCUUCCGGGUGUUGGGGCGUCCGUCGGUCCUGCUCGGUCGUAGCCUCGGACGGAGCCGGGCGCUGUCGGGGCAUCUCUCGGGGGUCCGUCCGUCCAUCGGGGGUCCAUCUGUCCGUUUGUGCAUCCGUUCAUCCACCCACAGGUCCACCCAUCCAUCUGUCCCCACCGCCCCAAGGCCAUGUACACCGCACUCCCCAAAAGUGGUUCCCCUUUUGGCCCCGGUGCCACCCGUCCGGGGCUGCACGUCUGGAGGGUGGAGCAGCUGCGGCCAGUGGAGGUCCCCGAGGCCACCCUGGGCGUUUUCUUCUCGGGGGACGCGUACCUGGUGUUGCACAACGGGCCGGAGGAGCAGUCCCACCUCCACCUGUGGAUGGGCCGGGACUCCUCGCAGGACGAGCGGGGUGCCUGCGCCCUCCUCUCCACCCAGCUGAGCUCACUGCUGGGCGAGCGCCCCGUCACCCACCGCGAGGUACAAGGCAACGAGUCCGACCUCUUCAUGGACUACUUCCCCCGUGGCCUUACCUACCAGGAGGGUGGUGUGGCCUCGGCAUUUAACCGUGCCUGCCCCGGCCCCGGCCCCGAACCCAAACUGUACCAGGUGAAGGGCAAGAGGAAGAUCCGAGCGAGCCAGCGGGACCCAUCCUGGGCCAGCUUCAACACUGGUGACUGCUUCCUCCUCGACCUGGGACAGACCCUCUUCAUCUGGUAUGGGGCCCGGAGCAAUGUCCUGGAGCGCAGCAGGGCUCAGGAGCUGGCCGCUGCCAUCCGGGACAGUGAGCGGGGUGGCAAAGCACGCCUGGAGAUCGUGGCUGACGGCGAGGAGCCACCUGAGAUGGUCCAGGUGCUGGGCCCCAAGCCCCCCUUGCAGGAGGGCAGCCCUGAGGAGGAUGUGGUGGCUGACCAGAGAAACACAGAGGCAGCCGUCCUCUACAAGGUGUCGGACGCGACAGGGCGCAUGGACCUGACCCAGGUGGCCACCAGCAGCCCCUUCAGCCAGAGCCUGCUCUGCCCUGAUGACUGCUUCGUGCUGGACAACGGUGCUGGCGGGAUGGUCUUCGUCUGGAAAGGGCGCAAGGCCAACGAGCAGGAGCGCCAGGCGGCCCUAAGGGUGGCCGAGGAGGUGAUCGCCCGCAUGGGCCACCCGCCUCAGACACAGGUGGAAAUCCUGCCUCAGGGCCGCGAGACGCCCUUCUUCAAGCAGUUCUUCGCCAGCUGGAAAUGAGCAGCAGGUGCCCAAGGGGCAGUGCCUGGCCCAGGGUGUGACCAGGCUUGUGCCAGCUCCCAGCAAUGCCUGCGCUCUGUCCAGCUGUCCCUGUCACCAUGCCAUCCCUGUCCCUGUGCCCAUCCCAUCCCCACGCUGUUGGCAUUCACAUCCUUGUGCAUCACAGCCCUGAUGUCCCAUACCAAGCCCAUGCCAUCUCUACUGCUGUGAUAUCCCUGUGCCUUUGGCCACACUGUGCCCAUGCCAGGCCCAUCUCCAUGCCAGUCAUUCACAUCCUUGUACCAUGCCCAUGUCCACCCCAUGCCCAAGCCUGUCACGCCUGCCCUGUGCAUGACAAUGCCCUGUCAUCCCCAUCCCUUUGUCCACUCCAUGCCCACAUCAUCCCUGUCCGUCCCUUUGCCCUUCUCACGUCCAUGGCACUUCCUUCCCCAUUCCCAUGCCUGCCCUGUGCCAUGCCCAUGCCAUGUCCUUUUUGUGACAAGCCCAUCCCCAUGCCAUCCCAGUCUCCUCACCAUACCCAAACCCGUGUCAUCCCUGCCCCUGUGCCAUCCCACCAUCCCAAUUCCUUUGCCCACCCCAUGCUUAUCUCCAUCCCCAUUCCUACACCACCCAAACCCAUGUCAUGCCCACAAGACAGCUCCCCCCCACGCUGCAGUGACAGCUCUGCCACCUGCAUGCCCUCGCUGCCUUCUUGCUGUGCCUGUGCCACACUGUGCCCACCCCGUGCCCAUGCUGCCUGUGCCCACACGUCUGCCCCUGCGCCCAGGUCCUGGUGAAUAAAGGGACAGUGCCAUGUC